AAAUUUAUCAAAGCAUGUUUAGCAUUUACAGCUAAGCAAUUAAACCAAGGAAAUAUUAGCAACAGUUGGGUGAUUGAUCGGAUCAUAUGUCCUUCAGGUUUUUAGAACGAGUCAAUCUCAGGGUCUUGUUACCUUGCUGUUCAUAGGCUGAAAUAAACAUAUGUUACUACUUUUUGCACUUCUAAACUUGGUAGUGAACAGAACUGAUUGAAUAAACUAAAUGACAGAAAGUGUCCUCUGGGGCAACAGACAAGGCCGCUGCUGGUAGAGUUGUGUAGGCACUUUUAACCAACACUGGUUCAAGGUGCUCAGCUAAAAACUUCGGUAAGUUCAGUCAUUUCCUUUAAAGGUUGGGCAGAACUAUGCUGGUAAAAUACUUUUAUUUAAUAGCUUAUUAAAUCUUGGCUGUAACAUUGGCUCUCAGUUUCCAAUUUAAAUUAAAGUACAAUUUUUAUUCUUAAGUAAAAGUUGAUUUUUUUUUUUUUAAUUUAGCCUGCGUAACCAUGAUAACACUUCAUAAUCUUUCAUUGUUACAUCGUAAUCCCUUAGUAGCUGUUUUAUGGCACCAUACAUUUGAGAGCAAUUAUAGCUGUUGCAUGCGGUGAGGGUGUAACUCGUGUGUAUUCUGGUGAAUAUAAGCUUUUGGGGGGAGGGAGGAGGUACUCUUUGCUCUUGAGUGGCUUUAGAAUGAGACAGAUUUGCUGGCUGUGCAGUUUGCCUUGUCUCUACAAUAAUCCAGCUCUAAUGUUAAGAAUUAACUGAGGUGAAAAGGUAGGAGCGUUCCAGCAGGGUGGGUGUCCGUGGAGUUCUCUGUAGUUCUCUCCUCAGCACUUUACAAGCUGCUUUAACAGUCUGGGAAUCAGUUUUUUUGGCUGCAGAUGGUUUCUCAGGAUUAAGGCCCUUGGAUAAGACUAUUCGCUAUUCAGUAGAAGUGGGUAAGCACCCUUGAGGGACUCUGUGGCAGGAGUGUGAGGCUACUGAGAGCUGUCUCCUUCCCUGUGUGCAAGACGGGUCAGGUCAGGGAGGUGUAGGGGUCCUGUCAUUCCUGGGCAAAGCACUCAGUGUGUUCCCCCUAGACUUUUCAUUCCAUCCAGGAACAGCACACACCAACUGCUGAAGCUUCCUUAGCCUGACGAAGGGUUUUUGAACCCGAAAGCUUGCUUAAUAACUAUUCUCCAACCAUUUGGGUUGGUCUAAUAAAAGAUAUCAAAUUCACCCAAGGAACCUUGUCUGCCCUUCCCCCUAGAAUGACUUUUGAGAUGCUUCCUGCUAGUCCUGGAAUACACUUUGACAGUGCUCAGAGACUUCCCUGGGAGCAAGAAACAGGCCUCUUCCCUUCCCUGUCGCAGGUGGAAUCUCUCAGUCGUUGUCAGUAAAGACCCUGUUUCUUAUGCACAAAGCCAAACGACGCCGUGUGCUGCUGUUGUCAUAGACCAACUGAGUCCAAAUGACAAGCUGUUCCAAGCAUUGUUUGAUGCUCCUGAGCUGCCAAUCCAGUCAGGUUGAUCUUAAUGCUCCAGUGCAAUAUUUGAGAUUUUUUUUGUAAAAAUAAAAAUCACUGGAUGCACCCCUGCCUCAGGUGAGAUCCUGGGAAGACGGGUAGGUGGCUCUUAUACUCCCAAGGGAUGACGAGAUCGAACGGUCACAAACUCUGUCACGACCGAUUCAGGCUGGACAUAAGGAAGAACUUCUUUACUGUCUGAGCCCCCAAGGUUUGGAAUUGACUGCCACUAGAGGCGGGUCAAGCACCCACUUUGAACGCCGUCAAGACACAUUUGAAUGCUUAUGUUGCUGGGAUCCUGUGAUCCCUGCUGACUUCCUGCCCCUGGGGCAGGGGGCUAGACUCGACGAUCUUCCGGGGUCCCUUCCAGCCCAAAUGUCUAUGAAAUCUAUGAUACUUACUGCAAUGGUUCUCAGCCCUGUUAGACUCGAGCCCUGCUCGGAACAUGCAAGCUCCUCUUUCUUGACUACAGAAAAAUAAUAGAGCAAUUCUUCUGCUGCAAUUAGCUCUGACUGCAGCAGCUCAGAAUAUUUUUGAUACUGCGGGUUCCUAAUAGAAAUCUCUGGGUUUCUUCUGAAUCACAUGUAGGUAGGUGUUUGCGCAUUUAACAGUGCUACUCUGGUGUGGCCCCCUGAAAAGGAUGCUCUGGCACCCUGGCUGAGGAUCACUGUCUUAGUGACUUGUGGCUCUGUUAUUGGUCAGCAUCCUACUAUGGAGUGUCACAUUCAGUCCUGCAAGCAUGCAUUGCACUGUAUAUAACCUGAGGUAGGUGGUAGCCGGUAACUGGGUUCCCAGGUGACCUGGGAGGGAGGCUGUCAUAAUGUUGUGCCCAGUGCCUGUGACUGGAGCUGGCUUCCAUCCCCAUAGUGUCUAAGCCCCUGUGAGGUGGGAGGAGAGACUUGCCCCUCUUAGAUGGAGAGCCGCUGAUGUGAAGGAUGACCUGUGUGUGCCUGCCCUUCUAUCAGAGUGCUGGGCAGCUGGCUUUCCCGUGGCCAUCUGGUGCUUCGUUCUGAAAGGAAACCUGCUUCAUCCUCUACAGUUUCCUGCUGUAGAUGAGAGCUGGGGUGUCAGUCAUGCAGGGCACCCUUACAAGUGACUUCCAGUUGGGUGAACGUAAGAUGCAGGUUUAUCUUGGUACGGCCGGAAAGCUCCCUCAGCCUGCUGAGCAUUGACCGGAUAUCUUCUGUUAGCGCAGGGCGCUGAGGGAGAACAAUUUUCCUGGGGCGUGGACAUGUUCGUACUGUGCAGUAAAGAGGAUUAGUACAGCCUUGUUCAUCAGGUUCCUGAGCCGCCAAGUCAGGCUGGUAGAAUAGCACUGGUUCUGGGGAGGGCUGGUCAAGGCCCAAGGUAGUAGGAAGGGCUUGGACAGGAGUUGGUUUGCUCCAGCUUGGGGACAUCUCUUGGUGGGAGGACUUUGCCUGCGUGUUCAGUUCUGACCUCUGAUGAUGUUAGUUUCAUGGCUUCAUUGGAAACAAGCUAGAAAUGCUUCUCAGCCUCCACCCGCUGAGGCAUAGCUCACACAGGACCUAAAAGCCACAUAGCCAAAGGAAAUGGAAAACUUAAAUGCUGCAUCUGUGCUGAGCAAAGCUUAAUUUUGGCUGACCUUGAGCCCAGAUUUAUAAGUUGGGGUUAGGGUGGAAGAAGGUGCCUCAGCCAGGGCUUGAGCCCAUUCAGGCAGCUGGGAAUUGCUGGCAUUCAAGGCGGAAGGGGCCUUGCUCUGACUUGAGGCUUCUGUCAAUAAGAGACUGGGCUGUCCAAAUGCCCAGCAGCUUUAAGGUGCAGGGUGUAGCCAAGUCCCUGUUGAACCUUCCUGUCAACACAGUGAAGCGCUGCAUGUUCUACAUGAAGUCAGCCCUGUUUUUUGCUCUACCUUGGAAGUGUUUAAUGGACAGAGCUGGAGAGAGUGGCCAGCUCCCAGCCAGCCACUGUUCCCUGUCCUCAGCACUCCAAGACCUGCCUUUGAAUUCAGGUAGUCUUUGCCUUUUUGGGUUUGCAGGUGAAUAGUGUUGUGUGUCAUGCUGCUAAAAGGUGUUUUCUGGAAGAAUGAGGCGUGACUGAAGAGUUCUGCUGCAGGAAGUGGUCCAUCUAUUUCUGUCUCUUGCAGCUGUCCUGGGCUAAGUUGCUGGGAUUUUGUUCUCCUGUCUCCUGCAUUUCCAAAUGCAUUGUUUUUGCGAGCUGGAGGCAGGAGCAGGGGUGGCUGCUUCAGUGAACCUGCCGCCUAGAUGGGUAACUUGGAGGUAGUAAUCAACAAAACCCACAUGACUGAUUCUGUCCUGCUAUAGGGCAGGGGGCAGUGAAAGAACCCAAGAGGACAUGUUCUUCCAUGCUGAUUUGGCUGGCUGACAGCUUUUCACCCCUCCCUGUGGCUUGGAGGAGGGGACUAAGAUGAAACACUGAGAGAUGUAAUUUAUAAGGGGGGUGGGUAGUGGAAGCUGGUCAGAGCAGGUUUGUGGGGUGGGAGAAAGGCAAGUGGGUGGGGAAGUAAUGGAGGGAGGGGACAGAUUUGCAAGUACAGCACAAACCAGCAUCUCUUGAGCCCAUCUGGGAGGGAGUGCUUUCCCACCACUGUGAGCAGCACUGGUGCAGAGAUGUUGGUGUCCCUUCUCUGUCUCCUACUUUGCUUGUGGAAGAAGCUGCUUCUCUGGAAGGAGGGCAGAGCCUAGACUGCCCCUGAGAGGCUGGUGCUGUCCAUCCCAGUGGUCAGUGCCUGCCCAGCCUCACUGGCCUUUUGGGAAGCACUUACAGUUCCUGUCGCUCUCCCCUACAGCAGGCAACAUCAUCAGGCACAGCAUCAUGGUAAAUCCCGUGGCUGCUGUGCCUGUCCUGGGGGAGAGGGCUCCUGGGUAGCACAUUAGAGCUGUGCCUCUGGAGCAGGGACAGCUGUUUGCUCUGCGCAACGUAACUGACUCUGCAGAAUCUCUCCACGCAAGCUGCCGUCCCCAGAGCCUCAGGAGCUGGCAACUGGCCGAGACAGACGCUGGCAGGUGUGUGCAAGGAAGGUGUCCUCUCUGCACAGCCCCUUGAGGAAUGCCUCGGUAAACUGGAAAUACAGCACGCAUGGGGCUUCCUUCUGGGCUUGCUGGGGGCAACAAAGAGUCACGGGGGGGAGCAUCAGUGGUCUGAGUGGCCAGUGUUUUCAGUUGGCAGAAGUCCUUAAGCAGGCCAAUUGGCCUCUGUGGUUUGCAGCAAAAAUUUGGGAUUUCCCAGGAGAAAGAUCCUGGUUGGGAGCUGCUCUUGCCAGUCCCAGUUCAGAGCCAGGCAAGUACAGAGCUGCGCAGAUAACUGUUCCCUGUUUGUCUUGCUCUGUACAACUUGUUCUUGGCUUGUCCCCGAACGCUUCAUUAGCACAGGGCAUGCCUCGCUGCAGAGCCAUACAGCUGCUCCAGACUGGGCACAGAGUCUCUCCUCCUGCCUAAUUACAGGGCACUGACUUGGGGAAAGGCCCGCUGGGUGUGGGCUUGCUGCUUUUGGCUGGUGAUGGUUCUGUGCCCUUCGUAACCCUGACUUCGCCCCAGACGCUCAGUAUUGAAUGCGCUGUCCUGCUGGGAUGGACCUCAGGUCUAGCACAGCAGCCCUGGGUUUCAGCUGUGUGGUCUCAUGGCUCUCUGCCUGAGAAAUGAGGCUACUCUUGCAUCUGGAAUCACCCCAUCCUGCCACCCAUUCUUGUGGUUGAUCUGUCUGCCCAUGUACUCAAGGGGAGUGCUGCGCUGUGAAGUCCCAGGGUUCAGUGCCCGACUGGGGCAUGUGUCAGUCCCAGCUACAGACAGAGUUGCCUGUCUUGUACAACAACAUGUGGAUUCAUGCAGUGUCACAGCCUUUACGUUCUUUUCAGUGCUUUAGGGUGGGAAAUCCCUGAGCUGUGGUUGCCUCUGCCACCUUUGCGCUGUCCUCGGCAGGCAUCAGUCAUUCAGGUUUCUCUGUCCAGAGAGCUGGGGUAGGCACUAGAGAUGUCAUGUCUAGGAAGUGACACAGCAAGAGGGACCUGUUAGGAAUAGCUUUAAUCUUGCUACUUGCCUAGCGUGGACAGUUAGUAGCAGUGAGCUUGCACCCUUCUGAUAGCCAGUGGGGAGCACCCACCUCAAGGCAAAUGUUCCUGCUCCCACCAGAACCCUGCACUGAACUCUGAGUUCCUCUAUGCUUCCCCAGUGUCCUAUGGGCAGGUUACUUCCUGGCUGCCAUUGGGGAUUGCCCAGAGCCCUUGGUGGGGUGUGGUUUUCAGAAGGGGGGAGGGUACUUUGCCACUCAGGGCACCCAGCUGGUCUAUCCAUUCGGUCUGUCAGCUCCAUCUGUCUUGCUAUAGGAGUAAAACAGCUGUAACUUUUAAAUCUAUCUCAUUCAAGCUAGGAAGAGACAUUGCAUUUGUCCCUGGAUAAGUUGUGCCUAUUUUAGCCCAGAAUUAAAAUAUCCUGGAAUUUGUGUGUACACACGUCACCCUUCUAAUCGGGGUUUAGUGAGCAGCUGAAUGUAGCAUUGCCAUUAACUCAGCAAUGCAAUCCCAGGAUAAUUGUAUAGAUGUACUUUGUAAUAUCCCUGGAUAAACAAAUAGUUCUUAUCAGGGGAAACUCUUUUAGGAUUUAUCCUGGGACAAACGUAAUGUCUGUUUGCAGCCCCAGACUUAAAUUUCCAGUAGCGAAGAUAUAUUUAUAUCAGCAUAGAAGCAUGCAAAACCCCCAAACCUUGUUGUAUCUAAGCAGCUUAAACCAAUAUAACUGUUAUGUUGAGCUAUACCUUAAAUCCAGAACAUUGAUGCAGAGUCUGGUCGGUCAGAGUUUGCUUAGGACAGAACUUCAGCGUGUGGAUCAUCAUGAUUGUGAAGCAUGAGCAACUGCUGAGCCUCUGGGAAGGCUGCUCUGGGUAGAGGCCAAGUCUUGGAGGAGAGCGAGGUCCUGCCCCUUGCAGUAUGAUCCUCUGUUGCAGUUGGUCCCAUGUCUGCCUCACUUUGGGGUGCAGCAGGGGGCUGAGGGGAGAUUUGUGCAUGGGGCAGAACUUCCCCAGAACCCAGCCUGGCUGGGAGGCAUCUGAGGAUGGGGAGAGUUUGACCUAUAACUGGGAGGAAAGAGAAGGAACCAUGCUGGGAGGUGGGGUGAUAAAAGGGAUAAGAGGAGCACUGCUAGCUCUGUUCCAAGGGCCUGGUUAUGUGGUUAUAGCAGAGGGCUGGUGCAUUCUGCUCUAGCUGCAGGCAGCUAGGGGUGCCCUUAAUGCUCCACCUGGGUUCCUGGCAGACCGAUGAAUGCAUGUCAGACUCCUGUAGGGAAGGAUGGGGCUGCGAGUGCAAAUGUUGCUGACACUGUCCCUUCUGUCUUUCAGAACUCCAUCAGACACAACCUCUCCCUGCACAGCAAGUUCAUUAAAGUGCAUAAUGAAGCCACGGGGAAGAGUUCUUGGUGGAUGCUUAAUCCAGAAGGUGGCAAAAGUGGGAAGGCUCCAAGGAGGAGAGCUGCCUCCAUGGACAACAGCACCAAACUGGCCAAGGUCAGAGGCAAGGCCUCCAAGAAGAAGGCCUCACUCCAAACAGCUCCAGAGACUACUGCUGACAGUCCUAGCUCCCAGUUCCCAAAGUGGCCUGGAAGCCCCUCAAGGAGUAAUGAGGACUCUGAUGUAUGGACCAGUUUCCGGCCUCGAACCAGCUCCAAUGCAAGCACCGCUAGUACCAGGCGCUCUCCUAUCCUGCCCGAGCGGGACGAUCUCCCAGAUGAGGAGCUUCUCCCAUCUCUAGUGUUCUCCAGUGCAUCCAGCAACGUCCCGCCCACCGUGACCGAGGAGCUUGAACUCAUUGAUGGGUUAAACCUGAUGUCACCCAGUUCUUCCAUGCUGCCCACCCAGCAGUCUGUCUCGAGUGGUCCAAUCCAACGAGAUUCCAGUUUCUCUCUACGGACUCAGAGUACAGUUGGCCCGGCCUCUACUUUUGGCAACUCUCUGUUUAACCCUGUUGAUGUAUCUCUGCAGAGUCCUGUGAGCCGCUUCUCUGGCCCUCAGACCCUGGAAGCUCUCCUGACAUCCAACUCUCCACCUCCCAGUGAUGUGAUGAUGACUCAGGUGGAUCCUAUACUCCCUCAGACCGGAAGCAGGCUGAACAACCCGACUCUCCUGCUUCUAGGUGGACAAGCCACCCAGAACAAGAUGAACCCGGUCAACCCACGAGGAAAGCCUUCAGAGCAACAGCCAGAGUCUGGUGCUGGUGCUCUGCCAUCCACACUUCCCAUGGUGGCAUCUCCUGAGACCACAGCCAACUUGGCAACUCUGAAGGCUGCUGCCCAGCUAACCCAGCUGGGCACUCCACCACUUCUCCCUUCUGGUAGCCCUGCCCCCUUGGGAGCAACCCAGGACAGGCUGCCCACCGACCUGGACCUUGACAUGUACAUGGAGAACCUUGAAUGUGACAUGGAUUACAUAAUCAACAGUGACCUCAUGGAUGGAGAGGGCUUGGAUUUUAACUUUGAACCCAUUCUGUCUACUCCCAGCUACCCCAGCACCUCACAGGCCUCCAACCAUACUUGGGUACCAAGUUAACUUCAGGAGUACAAAAAGUGUCCUUCAGGGUUUGACUGUUGGGUUCUGACUUCGCUUCCCACCCCCGGCAGAGUCUGAAAAGAAUGGAACGCAUUGGAGACUCAUUCCUGCGCACUGCCCCAGGCAGAUAGGGCUGCCUGCUGGGUGCCAGGGGCAACAGGAAGAGUUCUAGCAAAUCCUGUCAUGUGCCACUUCUCCCAAAAUCCUGCCCCUGCCCAUGACCUUCUGCAGAAGAGGAGUCCUGGGAAGAACCUUGGCCGGAGGCCUUUGUGCCAGACUGCAACGUUUCCCAUGCAGAAGGUGGGGUUCGCUGGAGGCACAUACCAGUGACUGCCUUAACUCUGCCACGGCGGCAGGUCUCCCAGCACCUGUCAGUGGGGCCUGCUCUGUCCCCACCUUGCCUCUGGGGUGUGGAGUAACUGGACUCUUCCCUCAGCCACUGGCCCGCCCUUGGUACCCCACAGACUUGCAGAGAAAUUGGAAGGUGCUGCAGGGUGGGAAAAGGGCAUGUCGGAUGUGUUGGAAAUUGCUUCGGCAUGACCCACUUCCCUCUGCGCCCUGUUAUGCUUUGGAAGGGACAGGGCCCUGCAGGGAGGGGUGCUCUCCUUUGUGCACCUGUGCAGAAUUGGGGCAUGCGAGUUUAUUUUCACUGUGCCAACUGGCCCCUAUUGAACGAGUAGCAUGGUCUAGAGAAGUUCCUCUGUCCUCAGCACUGUGCCGAUGCAGCAGGCUGCUGCAAAGUAGACACAUGGGUGCUAAUAGUCACUGCUGGGACACCAAACAUCUUGAGUCUGUUCCUGGGCUGCCUUGUUACAGCAGUCAGAAUUUGAAGCCUGGGUGUGGCCUUAACAGAGCCCUGGUUGCUUUUCAGAAGGGCAUUUUCUAUAGAUGACAUAUUUUUUUACUAAUCUGGGGGCUUUCUAUGACAAAUUUCAGGCCAAUAUAAGUGUCUCCAUUAGGCAUGUUGGCCAUCUCUCCCUCAUGGAAGGGGCCGACUGCAGAUUUGCCUUUCAGAGCUGUGCUAAGAACACACUUUUGACAUUUGAUCAUGUGUGUAACUGGGUGGAAAGGAACUGGCAGGCCCAUGCUGCCUGGAACCGCCUGGGGGGGUGGGUUGUACAUUACUUGUGAUCCAUGUGCAAAACUGCCUGCAGAUUGAUUAGAAACUUUUCUAAACCUUUUUAAACACACACACACACACACACACACACACACACACACACACACACACACACACACACACACACACACACACACUCUUUAACUGAGGAACCAUGCAAUUAUUGGGUAAAAACAUGCUUUUAUCCCAUGGAUAUUAGAUGAACACUACAGAGGGGUGGGGACAAGCCUGUGGUG